AUGAAACCCUCUGUCGCAGUGGUGGCUGCCGCUACAUUGGCCGCCCCUCUAGUCUCGGCCAUCCACCUCGCUCCCCGCUCCACCUCGAGUUCGCCUAGAACAAUCGGCCUACCUAUUGAGCGAAGACAUGUUCCCGACAUCCUCGCCCACGAAAGAUCUCGCCUAAGGAAACGACAAACGCAACGAACUGUCGAACAGACGCUGGACAAUGAACAGUCCCUCUACUACGCCAACAUCACGCUGGGGACUCCAGCCCAGUCGUUACGCAUGCACAUAGACACGGGCAGCUCGGAUUUAUGGGUCAACGUUGCCAGCUCUUCUUUUUGCGGGUCUAGCCAAGAUCCCUGCGAGGGGGGCACGUACGACUCCUCGGCCUCGUCGACAUACAAGCUUGUGAAUGACCAAUUCAACAUCUCCUACGUCGACGGCACAGGAGCUGCGGGUGACUACGUGGCCGACACCUUGCAAUUUGGCGCCGUUACGCUGACAGACUUCCAAUUUGGGAUUGGGGAGACGUCCUCCUCACAGCAGGGUGUGCUGGGUAUUGGUUACAUGGCAAAUGAGGUUCAGGUUCAACGUGCGGGACUGGACCCCUAUCCAAAUUUACCAGAAGCCCUUGUCCGAGGUGGCCACAUUGCCUCCAAUGCGUACAGUCUUUGGCUCAACGACCUGGACGCCUCAACAGGCGAGAUUCUCUUCGGCGGCGUCAACACGGCAAAGUACGAAGGAGAACUCGCCACCAUACCCAUCAUCCCCAGCAAUGGCGUCUAUGCCCAACUUACCAUUGCCCUCACAGGCUUGGUAAGCUCUGGCAAUGACCUCUCUUCCUCGUCAUCGUUGCCCACGGCCGUCCUCCUCGACUCGGGCGCCACUCUUAGCUACUUGCCCAAUGACAUCACCCAGGACAUCUACAACCAAGUCCAGGCUGUAUAUCAAAGCGAUAUCGGAGCCGCAUAUGCUCCCUGCAGUCUGUCCUCAUCUACUGCCACAAUCGACUUCACCUUCUCCGGCCAAACCAUUCGGGUUCCAUUCGACGAGUUGUUCCUUGACGCAGGGACAAACAACUUUGGCCAGCCUUUGACCUUCGAGAACGGCGAGGAAGCCUGCUUGUUCGGCAUUGCCCCAGCUCAAAACUCGUUGGCCGUCCUUGGGGAUACCUUCUUGAGGAGUGCCUACGUGGUCUACGACCUGGCCAACAAUGAGAUCUCCCUCGCGCAGACCGUCUUCAAUUCCACGGGCGACAACAUCCAGGAGAUCACGACUGGCGAGAAAGCGGUUCCCAAUGCGACACCGGUUUCAAGUCCCGUCACUGACGUGUCUGCGGGCACGGGGGGAGCCAGGCUUGGUACUGCCACUUCCAGCACCCCGUUGGGCGAUACCAACUCCGGCUCCCUGGACAAGGGCAGCGCACGACCGAUGGCUACCAUGGUGGCUGCUAUUGUGGCCGUUGCCGCACUUGUCGUAUGA